UAAAAAAUAUAAUACAGUAACUAUGCAGCUGUUUUUGAUUUUGCUCUUUAUUGCUGGGGCUUUUGCCGAACUGGAUUGCCCUGUUAAUUCGCAUUACGAUAAAUGUGGAACAGCAUGCCCUGUCACAUGUGAGAAUCAUUUGAAUCCUCCCAAAUUUUGUGUUUUAAUAUGCAAAAAAGGAUGUCACUGUGACGAAGGAUAUGUGAAAAAUAAGGAAGGACAAUGUGUACGACCAGAUGAAUGCAACAACGCUGUUUGUCUCGAAAAUCAAGAAUACCAAACUUGUGGAACAGCUUGUCCUCUUACUUGUGACAAUUAUGACAAUCCACCCAAAAUAUGCAACGCCCUUUGUCUCAUUGGAUGCCAAUGCAAGGAGGGAUUCGUCCGGGCCAGUGAUGGACUAUGUGUUCUUCCCGAAAACUGCCCAAAUCGGGCUGCUGCUGUCUGUGGCGAAAACCAAGAAUACCAAACUUGUGGAACAGCUUGUCCUCUUACUUGUGACAAUUAUAACAAUCCACCCAAAAUAUGCAAUAAGAUGUGCGUCAUUGGAUGUCAAUGCCAGAAGGGAUACGUCCGAACCAACGACGGAAGAUGCGUUCGUCCCGAAAACUGUUAAAAUAGAUCCGAAUGAAGAUAUGUCUAAAAUAGUGUAAAUAUUGUGACUUCCUCAAAUGGUGAUGCCAUCUUCAUGACUAAUAUUGUAAUUAUCUGCAUCUAAAGAAUCUAAUG